AUGGCGGCGCAACAAUCAUAUUAUGAACUUUACCGUGGGAGCAGCCUCGGUCUGUCUCUCACGGAUACCCUUGACGACUUGAUCAACGAGGGCCGCAUCGAGCCUCAACUGGCUAUGAAGAUCCUGUCCACCUUCGACAAGGUAGUCACCGAGGUUUUGGCCGAUAAGGUCCGGGCCCGGCUCACGUUCAAGGGCCACCUUGACACCUACCGAUUCUGCGACGAAGUCUGGACAUUCCUGAUCAAGGAUGUCACCUUCAAGCUGGACAACCAGACCACCGUUACCGCAGACCGCGUUAAGAUCGUGAGCUGCAACAGCAAGCGGCCUGGCGAGACAUAA